AUGACCAACAAACCCUACGUUCUCGAUGAACCCGCAGUCCUAGACAGUGUCCGUCUCCACAAAAUUGAGCUUCCCCUCCCCGCAGCCCCAGAGGCCUGGCACCGACUUGGCAAAUCUCAACCAUGCACCGCAAGCCUGAAACUCUCCUACACCUCCGCCAUUGCAGCCGCAGCUGCCGAUAAUGUCUCACUAUCACUGGAUUAUGGCAAGCUAUUCCGGCGCAUAGAAUCCGAUGUCCGCGACAUGGUGCAUCAUGUUUCUUCAGAAGAGCACCCACAUCACCAAAUGGUCAGUGUAGAUGGCACCCGGUGCGACGAAAUGAACCUCAGUGCUGCUGGCCAAGACCCACGUGUCACUGCCAGCAUUAUCACAAAUUGCGGCCUGGGACUUUUGGAUGCCACAGCGGCUCCCUUGCAGAAAUUAUUUGAAACUAAAGAGGCUCUACUUACGAACUACGCGAAAUGCGAGGUAUCUCUGCAUUUGCCGAAGGCGCUUCUGCGCUCCGAGGAGGGUCUGCGAUAUCGCAGUGUGACGGUAUGGGGUUACAUGCAACGGCAGCCUGAAGUUGGCGAGCCAAUUAUAUUGGCUGGUCGUGUUCCAGUAGUUGUGGAAGAGGAGUUCGCUAUCAAUGGGAUCAGAUGCCACUGCAUUGUUGGGGUUAAUCAGCACGAGCGGCUUGAAAAGCAGGCUGUGAUUGUUUCCUUGACGUUCAACGGUCCUGGACAGUUAGCUUGGGCCUCCAAGUUUGUCGAGACUUAUCAAAAUGUGACUCGUGCUGUGGCAGAGAAAGUCGAAGAGACUUCCUUCCAGACUGUUGAGUCGUUGGCUACUUUUAUCGCUCAUAUUGUGACUGUUGAUUUUGGCAAUGAGCGUGUCACUGUGCUGGUGGAGAAGCCUAGUGCUCUGCCUUUUGUACAGCGAUCUGGUGUAGAGAUUACUAGGACUCGGGAGUUCUUUGACACUCAUGAUGUACCGGUACCUCGUGCUGUAUAG